AGGUAACUUGGUCCAAGUGCAUCCUAGGAAAUCUCAGCAUCAAGGCAGUGUGAGCAAAGCACCACGGCAUAACGUUUUACAGCCCGUCUCAUAAAUGUGAGCGCCCUCAACUCAGCAUGACACGUCUUCGUGUUUAUGAAGGGCUCUGGAGAUGCCUCGCGACGAUGUGUCCCCUCUCUGGUCCGAGCUAUUUUCAGCGCGAGCGCGUCACGAUGCCGUCCAGCAAACUUCAUCUGGAGUGAAUGAAGAAUACGCGCACACCUCCGGGAUUACAGCUCAUGCGUUAUCAUGAAUUGAGGCAGGUGUACAACUUCAAACGAUGAAUUCUGCGAGCGCAAAACUACGCGAUCUACCUUUCUCGGCUGAUGUCCUUGCUGAUGUAUGAGAGAUUAUUCGUUCAUCGCCGUCUGCCCGAUCAUCACUUCUCUACUCUCAUCCCGCAGCUUUCCUCUUUUCAUCUGAGCGUCCGUGUAAAAUGGAAAUCUGAAGUGCUCCACUUUCGCAGUUUCUCACCUUUCAAAGAAAAAGCUGCAGGGCGGCCCUCGUGGCCGGGAUGCCACUGUGUACCCUGCCAGUCGGCGGUGGAUCCUGAGGGGCAGGAGCUGCCCACCCAGUGCAGGGGGCAGAAGAACAAGCACCCUGACCACGACAUGAAUCUCUGCUGGAACGAGAUCAAACGCAAAUCCCACAACAUCAGGGUACGGCUGGAGGCCUUUUCGGACAACAGCGGGAAGCUCCAGCUGUCCCUGCAGGAGAUCAUCGAAUGGCUGACAGCUAAAGACGAGGAGCUGUCCGAGCAGCUGCCCAUAGGUGGUGAUGUGGGAGCGGUGCAGCACCAGCGGGAGUUCCACCAGGCUUUCAUGGAAGAUGUCAAAUCCAGAGGGCCUUACAUCUACUCUGUGUUGGAAUCAGCUCAGACCUUCCUGGCACAACACCCAUUCCAGGAGCCUGAGGAGACAUUGCCUGAUGGCAAAGAAGUCUCUCCUCGCCGGCGAAUGCUGAAUGUAAGCCGCUCCGUGUGGAAGCAGGCCAAUGUGGCCAGUGACCUGUGGGAGAAGUUGACAGCGCGCUGCGUGGACCGACACCGGCACAUGGAGCGAACCCUGGAGAGGUUGCUGCAGAUUCAGGCUGCCAUGGAGGAGCUGGCUGUGGCUCUGGAGCAGGCGGAGGGAGUGAGGGACGCCUGGGAGCCUGUGGGAGACCUAUUUAUUGAUUCGCUGCAGGACCAUAUAGACGCUACCAAGCUAUUUAAAGAAGAGCUGGCCCAGGUGAAGGAAGGAAUGAAACACAUAAAUGACCUGGCCCACCAGCUGGCCAUAUCUGAUGUUCACUUGUCCAUGGAGAACGCCAGAGCUCUGGAGCAUCUCAACAACAGAUGGAAACUUCUGCAGGGGUCUAUUGAAGAACGUCUGAAACAGUUGCAAGAUGCCCACAGAGAUUUUGGCCCCGGAUCACAGCACUUUCUUUCCAGCUCUGUGCAGAUUCCUUGGGAACGUGCCAUAUCCCCCAACAAAGUGCCAUACUACAUCAACCAUCAGGCUCAGACAACCUGCUGGGACCAUCCAAAGAUGACUGAAUUAUACCAAGCUCUGGCGGACCUGAACAAUAUCAAGUUCUCUGCAUACCGGACGGCCAUGAAGCUGAGGCAUGUGCAGAAGGCUUUAAGAUUGGACCUGCUGAAGUUAAGCAGUGUGGUGGACGUGUUUCGAGAACAGGAGCUGCAGCAUGCUGAGCACAUUAUGGAUGUGGUCGAGGUCAUCCAUGCUCUCACUUCCCUGUAUGAGAAACUAGAGGAGGAGAGGUCCGUCCUGAUCAAUAUCCCCCUGUGCGUCGACAUGUGUCUCAACUGGCUGCUGAAUGUUUACGACAGAAUGAGCAGCAUGCAUGAGGAUGAUAAUGACAAGCUCUCAGUCAAACAAGAAAGCCAAACAAGUGGUCGUAAUGGUAAGAUGCGAGUGCUGUCCUUCAAGACGGGCCUGGUUAUUCUAUGCAACGCAGACAUCCAGGAAAAGUAUAAAUACCUUUUCAGACAGGUGUGUGGUCCAGGUGGACUGACAGAUCAGAAACAUCUCAGCCUGUUACUGCACGAGGCUAUUCAGAUCCCUCGGCAGCUCGGGGAGGUGGCGGCGUUUGGAGGGAGCAACGUGGAGCCCAGUGUCCGCAGCUGCUUUCGAAUGGCUCCAGGUAAGUCAGCAAUCGAGGUGUCUCACUUUCUGGAGUGGAUGAGCCUAGAGCCUCAGUCUGUGGUGUGGCUUCCUGUUCUGCACCGGGUAACUGUGGCUGAGACUGCCAAGCACCAGGCACGCUGCUACAUCUGUAAGCAGUGCCCUAUCAAGGGCUUCAGAUACCGAAGUCUGAAACAGUUCAAUGUGGACAUCUGCCAGACGUGUUUUCUGACGGGCCGGACUACCAAGGGCAAGAAACUACACUACCCCAUCAUGGAGUACUACACCCCGACGACCUCAGGCGAGAAGAUGCGGGACUUCGCAAAGACUCUAAAGAACAAGUUCCGCUCGAAGCAGUAUUUUAGUAAACACCCUCAGAGGGGAUACCUGCCCGUUCAAUCAGUACUGGAGGUGGAGAGCUCUGAGACGCCCUGCUCAUCUCCCAGGCUGCCUCAUGCGGACACACACAGCCGGAUCGAGCAUUUUGCCAGCAGGUUGGCAGAAAUGGAGAACCAGAGCUGUUCCUUUUUCACCGACAGUCUCUCUCCGGAUGAAAGUUUGGAUGAAGAUCAGUACCUCCUACGUCACUCCAGCCCCGCCCUCGAGCAGGACUCCCCCCACGGCCACCUGCUGGCCCACCUGGACUGCCAGGACAGAGAAGAGCUGCAGCGCACCCUCCAACGCCUGGAGAAUGAGAACAGGGUGCUCCAGGGCGAGUAUCGGCGGCUGAAGUGGAAGCAUGAAGAGGCAGCAGCUUCACCCCAGCUGCUGGAGUCGGGUCCCGGUUCACCGGCCGGUCAGCAGGAUGAGGAGCUCCUAGCCGAGGCUCGAGUCCUUCGACAGCACAAGACCCGCCUGGAGACGCGCAUGCAGAUUCUAGAGGACCACAACAAGCAACUGGAGUCCCAGCUAUGCCGACUCAGAGAACUACUGCUGCAGCCCAAAGACGACUCGGAGGCCAAUGGCUCGGCUCCUUCUUCUCUAUCCUCUCCUGUGUCAGGGGGUGGCCACCAGGGGGAGCCUCCCAGCAGAGAGACCACAGACACAGAAGCUGCAGGUGAAGAUUUGGAUCACGAGCAGGACACCGUACUGCAGCUGCAGCAGGUAAUCGAACAGCUGAGGAACGUCUUCCCAUCUGAGCCAGGUCCAUGAGGAGCCUGAAGCAAAACUCAGAGGCCUAUAAUUGUGCAGGCAUCGUGUUGCUCAUCUUAUUGUGGGCAGGGUCUUGAGAAUGCGGGGCUGGCGAAUCCAUGGACAGACGAGGUGGCUGCAAGAAGAGUUCAAGACAACCUUCUCAGCCUGUGCUUAUUUGCCAAUCCCAAAGAGCUGUGGGCUAUCUGAGUGCUAACUAAACAAACUAAUGUUUACAUGGUGCCAAAGGCCUGCACUGAUCCGGACACUGUGCUAACCUGUGUAGUAAUGCAAAGUGUGUGGCUUCAUCAGUACAGCACAAGAACCACAAACAGGACUUACACCACGCAGAAGGGGGAUCUCACCUUGGGUCCCUGUGCCAGCAACUUCUCUGUGUGUUGUUUUUUUUUCUGUUUUGAAAAUGGUUUACUAUUUUCUGUGACUCACUCAUGCACAUAAAUACAAAUAUACACAUAUACCGAUGGUAAGUCAUGCUUGGCAAUGCGUGGCCCUUGUUCUGUGAAGCAGAAAAGAGCAUAUUCCCCUGAACUGUCGGGACACACAGCAAGCUUAUUUACACUGUAAGGACGACACGUCUUCUGUUGAGGAUAUCAUUUAUUUAAGAUGCCAAAGUGCCCAUGAGCAUUAUGCUCCUGCCCUGACGUUCUUUUUGUCUUUCAAAUAAUAAAUGCAUUAUACACAGACACACACUGCAAAAAUCAUUUUCUUGAUCAGUAUUUUGCCUCGUUUUUAUCUCAAAUAUAUAAACAUCUUUCAAACAACACACACUACCAUUCAAAAGUUUGGGCCAGGAAGAUAUUUUUUCUUUUGAAGUUUCUGUUCAUCAAAGAAUCAACUAAAUAUUGAACAGCACAACUGUUUUCAGAACUGAUAAUAAGAAAAGCAUCUUGAACAUUAAAUUUGCAUAUUAGAACGAUUUCUGACAGAUCAGUGAAAAUUCAGUGUUGUCAUCACAGGAAUAAAUACAUUUUUAAAUAAAUAGUUAUGUUAGUUUCUAAUAAUAUUUUACAGUUACCGUUUUUUAAAAAUAAAUUCAGCCGUGGUGAGGAUAAGAAACAGAGGAAAAAUCUUACCAACCCCAAACUCUUCAAAGCGAAAGUGUAUUUACAUUUGUUAAAAUAUUAUGUAACAGAGAACAGCUUAUUUUUCCUAAUUAAACGGGGGAAAAAAAGAUUUCUCCUUUAUUUAAAAAUAUGCCUGUUUUUGUUUUUAAAAACCGAGGCAAGUUUAAAUUAUUUUCUGUGGUAAGAUAUAUUAUGCAAUGAAUGUUGUCGAUUGAGCAUAACUUAUUGAACCCAAAACCUUUCUAACUAAAUUUAGUAAGAUUUAUUCUUAAACCAAGGAGGAAAAAACUUCAUUAAAAAUGUAUUGACUGAGAUCACAUCACGCUUCUCAGAUAAAUGUAUCUUGUUUUUAAGGAUGUUUGCUAUUUCUAUUGGAAAACAUGUCAAAAUCUUGAUUAAUAAAUUGAUUUUGUGGUAUAGCCACUCGUACAGAAAGAAUCUAUUGAGGAGAUGAGCGGAUUUCUCAGCUGUUGGUUUUCCGGUCACAAGGGAAAGGUCUUUCAGGAAUGGAGAUUUGUAGUGUUGUUUUGUUGUCAGAGCACUCGCCGUUAAAUUACAGCUGUCCAGCGUGGCAUGAACAAGAAAGUAGAUACCCAAGGAGAUGAGUCGACGCCAGGUUCGGCCCUUUUUUUAACUUUGGCUUGGGAAGGUCUUUUACACUCAAGUCACAGCCUGAUUCAUUUUAAACCCAGCACAGCUCAUAUUAUGCCUUAAGACUUCAAAGCUCCCACUUAUUUUUUUUUUCUUCUAAAGAAUACCAGGCUUACAUCUCUCUGUCUUAUUGUCGUCUUCCUGAUGCAUUUUGUUUACCAAAUGCUGUUCUCCAGAUCUCAGCAUUUCCACAAUCUAAGGAAGAAAAUGAAAGUGAGUGUGUGGAAGGAUUAUUUUACAUUAUGCCAAGGGAGGGAGGACGGCAAAUGGAUCACGCUCUUUGUAAACAGAGAAAAAGGGCUUUUUUUGUGGAGUGAUUUACUGUGGAGUGUCAGAUUUGUAUGAGCAGAGAAGAUGCUGGGGGUGUAGCGAGUAGAAAAGAGAAAAAGAUAGCGAGCUGGAAGAGAUACGGUGUGAAAGAAAGACUGCAAAUGGGAAAGAGAAAAGUGUGCAAAUAUUCACUGUGAUGGGUUGUGGCACUGCAGCCCCUGCAAACAGGAAUGAGAUUAUUGCAGCUGAGAGAGCAAGAGAUGUUCUCCAUUUGUUUUGGCAAACAUGUUGGAAGUAUAGCGAUUCCUCGCACUCCCAUCUCCAUAAAAACACAAAGUGACUCUUGUUGCACUGUAGGCUUUGCUUGAAUCCCACUGCGCCAUCGCCGGCUUCCUUUCACACGCAUUGUGAUCUCAUUUUACAUCACAGUGGCGAGCUGUCUAUUUGUUUUGAUGCGGUUGCUAAGGAACUGUCCCCAAGGACACGGUGCUGCAGGUUGGUCUUUAGAAAGGUGGGGAGACUUCAUAAUGGAGGAGAUACAAAUAAGCAUAUGGAGGAAGAGAGAGAGAGAGAGGGGGAAACUCGGGUCCCCUCCGCCCCAUAUGCCUGCCUCUGUUUAACUUGCAUGGCUCCUCAUUAAGAUCAACAUCUGGUGUUCUAUCCACAACGACACCCAUUUAUCAUUCCAGUGCUUCUUCGGGACAAAAGCACCUCACACAUACAAACGCACAGAUUGAAGUAUGCGCAUUGCGAUUCGGUUUCUUUCUUUAGCUCCCUCUCCAUUCCAUGCCAAACAGUCUCAACUGAUUCAGGGCUCUGAAUGUGUGGAUUGUCUGAAGUCAUUUCAACACUGCAAAAAUAUAUUUAUUUUUGGCUUUUUUCCUCAGUACAAUAUCCAAACAUCCUUAAAACAAGAUACAUUUACUAAAUUUAAUAUUAGGCCUAUACUUUACAAUUAAGUUAUUUAUUUAUUUUUUUUAAGUUAAAAAAUUGAAGUUUUUCUUACUAAAUGUCCAAAUCGUAUAAUUAAUGUCCAAUCAAUAUAUUAUUCAAUAUAUUCUCUGAAAAGAAGUAAUAAAAUCAUACAAAAUUUGUUUUUCAAAUAAAUUAAUCAUGUUUUAAGUAUAUUUAGAUAUUUUUAAUUGAAAGUAAGACAAAAUGCUGAUUAAGAAAAUGACAUUUAAGCCUGUAGAAAGGGAGAUGAUUUAUUAAACAUUUUUGCAAAUUAUGAUAUAUUAACAUGGUAGCAAAUCAUGUAGCAUUAUGUAAUACAUGGAAAUUCUUCUAUAUGCAUACCAUUUGCAAAAUAUAACAAUUCUCCAUUCUGGCAUAUAUGUGUAUCCAUUUUUCCUUAAUAUGAUCUUUUUAACUCAUAAUUGUUCCCUUGUCUACUUUUAGAAAAUGAGAUGUUCUGAAUUUGUGUUAAAUUACAGAAGGAAAUAUUUUGUGGGUUUUAAAGCAUUGCUAAGGGCUGCCUGAGCUAUAUUUAGCCAUCUGCCUCAUUAACAAAUACACUCAUUAUUUUUGUUUGUAUGUAGCAGACCUUUGUGUCACGACCCCAAUACGUCUCUGGCUUUGCAGGCCUAUUUGUAAUAUUGAACUACACAACAGGGCAUUUACUGGUGUAACCUCUGAACCUGUGGCAUCGCCAUUACACACCAUGACAUGUUGUGUUGUUUUCAGGUUAAAUGACCUGAAUACAAAUAUUACAUUUUAUUUGUGUCCCUGCAAUAUAUGCAUUGUGUUUUUUUAUGUUUUGAUUUUCAUGUGCAAUGCAGUUUUAUUUUUAAUUAUUAACACCAUAAUUAAUAUCUUAGUUUUUGUUUUGUGUUUUUAAUCUGUACAAAAUGUGAAAGGAAGGUGUUUUAAAAAUGAAUGAGUUACUGGCUGCUUUCUACUCAUUGUGUACAAAGAAAUAAAUCUUUAUUUGUUA